AUGCGAGUAUCAGGGCUCCCAGUUAAAUUGAGUUGGGUCAGACCACCAGUGAAUAAAGUAGUCUUGGUGCCUCAGGCAGGGUUCGACCUAGGCCCUGACACUGGCCGGUGGGAGGAGGCGGAGCAGCUCCAGGUGCAUGUGAUGGAGGCGCGCAAGAUCAAGCUCGGCGAGGACCAUCCCGACAAGCUGACGAGCAUAGCGAACCUGGCGGCGACCUGGAAAUCUUCCGGCAAAACUGCAGAUGCCAUUAAUUUACUGAGGGAUUGCUUAGCCAAGAAGAAACAAGCCAUCGGACCUAAUCAUCCUCGUGCUGUGCCAAAUUCCAAGACCUUACUAAAGUGGGAAACCGAGUAA